AUGAUAAAGGAAGAAGCAAAAUCCAUGGUCAGCAACAUGGCACCCUUCUCCUUCUUCAACUUUCCCCCAGAGAUCCGACACCUCAUUUAUGAAAGGAUGCUCUGCGACUUCACAGCACCCAGAAAGGCGGACCCGACCACCUUUUCUGAUGACAUGGUGCGUGCCCCUUUGAAGCUGGGCCUGAAGAACCUUUCGCCCGCCAUCCUCCGCACCAGCCGUCAGGUCCACGACGAAGCCACGGCCGUCAUGGUGCACAGGUGCCGCUUUGUCCACAUAAGCGCCACCCUCGACUACUGGACCAUCAGGUCAGUUGUGCCCCGGAAGGUCGGCGUGCUGUGCACCGAGCGCGACCUAAUCCAGCGCUUCCGCGGCUGCGUCAUGACCCUCCACUUGGCAUCCACCGCGUCCCCCUAUUCCCGCGAGCACCGCAUCGACUGCCUCGUCCUGGGCCGCGACCUCGAGGCCUACUGCCGCAGUCUGGGCAGCUGGGUCGAAGUGCCGCCCGACUUUGGCCGGCGAACAUGCCUCACCCUCGCCCUCUGCAACCCCCUCAACGACCCCGGUCGGCAUGCCGAGUUUGUGCAUGAGGCGCUGCUGUGGCCUUUUCUAAAGUGGGUGCGCGGCUUGGAGCGCGUCCAGGUCCGCAGCCGCGGCCCGCUUGCCCUGCCCAAGGCGCUGGUCGACGACGUCGAGACCACGCUCGUGAGGCCGAGGUGGGAGGACUUUGACCCGGCGCAGCUCCUCGGCCAGUUCAGGGACCAGUACCUCCGCAGCGGGUUCUGGUCCGUGGUGGAGCAGGCAAAGGACAUAGCCAGGGACCCACAGCUUUGGCCGCGGCUCAUGGAGCUGGGCGGGCCGGGCUUCCUUGGUAAAUUUGGCGACUUUCUCUUUGAUAUCUUCAUUGGCCAAACAGUGUCCAUUGCUGAGAGACGGGGGGAUAAGGAGUGCGUCAUGUCGCUCCUGGGUUCCGACUUGUUCACAUUCAAAGCGCUUCGUGUCCUGCAAGACAUUGGGACCAUCCCCAGUAUAAUAAGAGCGAGCUGGGAACCCAACAGUGCACAACUAGCCGAGCUGUAUUUCCGCAAAGCCAACGUCUGCCACUUCAGGAGCAUAUGGCAGGAAGAUCCCGAGACGUCAUUCGACUGCAUGAGGCAGGCACUCGUGGCCAUCACCGAAGCGGCAAAGUAUCAGCCGCGCCGUGAGCUCAUUCCAAGGCUCCAAGCGUUGAAAAAAGCGAUCCGGGACGAUGCACUGGAAGCCGUGGGUGAUCGACUUAAUUCCAGGGGUAAAUAUUCAUCGAAGCCUAAAGCAUAA